CCGUUGUUCACCACUGAAUCGCAUGACCUGGUUUUCCCUCAAGAUGAAUUGCCUAUUGUUUUGCCUCGUCGCUGCGUGCAUACUCGUGAAUAUGGCUGAAUCGAGGAAGCACUAUGGAAUGUACGUCUGGACCUGGGGAUUUGACUCGACUGUCCCCGGCUGUGACAUCACAGCUUUUCAGAAAUUCGACCAGAAAGACCGAAAGUGCUUCACGCACACUUGGAACACAGCGCAGAAACGGAAGUGGUUGUGGGAUACGUGCAACCGGCCCGGAAGGGAAAUAUCCACCAUUUUUAUUUCUGAUAUUUUCUCGCGGCUGAAACCUGCUUUUCAAAAUGACGACUGCUCUGACACGGGGGUCACGGAGGUCAAGGCCAUGCUCCUCGAAGGUCAUUUAACUGUUCCCGCUUUAAAGAUCUAUGCUCUAUUCGCGGCAAGUGAUGAGAUCGUCUCCGAGAGGACGUAUAUCAAGUAUGUGGUUUGGUACAAUGACCAAUGUGCAGGAAAUGCAAACGAACGGUUCGAUGGCGUUGCAGUCAACAAUGAAGCAUUCAACAAGAGUGGUUCAGACGCAGAGCAGACGUCAUACUUGGACAAACUCCAAGAAAUCCAAACCGAGGCUCAAAAGCAAGUCUCGGGCAGACUGUGGACGCACUACUCGAUUGGCUGGCAUUGGGGGCUGACGCGUGAUAAUAAGGCAGACCGAUUGGUCAGUUGGAACGGAGUCACGCAGAAGGUUUCUGAGCAUAUGAUUGACAUCUUUGAUCACGUGGAUGCGCAGGUUGGUUACACGAGAUUUCCCGAGAUUGCGGACAGGGUGAGGAAAGCUGGAUUAGCGCAUGCGCGGAGAACAGGAAAGAAAAUGUUUGCAUCCUUUUACACAGAAAAAAACGACGGUGUCCUGUGCGUCUCCACAUUUUAUCCACAGCCAUGUCAAUGGGGUGAAAAAACGGAAUCUGCAAUGUUUGAAAUAUUCGACAACUUUGCCAACUUCGGCAUGGCUGAUGUUGAACCAACAAUCCACUUCUUCAGAGGAAUAUACUCCAGCGGCGGACAUCCUGAUUGGCCUGUUGUGCGAAAUACUGCGCCCCCUACAGCAGAAACAAUGACACCUCUUACAGUACAAACAACAACGCCCCCUACAACACGGACAACAAAGCCAACGAGUACGCACGCGCCGCUUCAACAAACGACAUUACCAAAUGUGGGAGCGGAUUGUGGUGGUGGAUCUUAUUGUAAAUGUUGGCAAAAUCCCCCUGUCUGUCAUGGGACAAACGUGCCGUGUCCUUGUGACAAAUAA